AUGGACGUGGACGUGGACGUGGACAUGGACGAGGACGUGGACGUGGACGUGGACAUGGACGUGGAAGUGGACGUGGACAUGGACGUGGACAUGGACGUGGACGUGGACGUGGACAUGGACGUGGACGUGGACAUGGACAUGGACGUGGACGUGGACGUGGACGUGGACAUGGACGUGGACAUGGACGUGGACAUGGACGUGGACUUGGACGUGGACGUGGACGUGGACGUGGACGUGGACAUGGACGUGGACGUGGACAUGGACGUGGACGUGGACAUGGACGUGGACGUGGACGUGGACGUGGACGUGGACGUGCACGUGCACGUGGACGUGGACGUGGACGUAGACGUGGACGUGGACGUGGACGUGGACAUGGACGUGGACAUGGACGUGGACGUGGACGUGGACGUGGACAUGGACGUGGACGUGGACAUGGACGUGGACGUGGACGUGGACGUGGACGUGGACGUGGACGUAGAAAUGGACGUGGACGUGGACGUGGACAUGGACGUGGACGUAGACGUGGACGUGGACAUGGACGUGGACUUGGACGUGGACGUGGAUAUGGACGUGGACAUGGACGUAGACGUGGACGUGGACAUGGACGUGGACGUAGACGUGGACGUGGACAUGGACGUGGACGUGGACAUGGACGUGGACGUGGACGUGGACAUGGACGUGGACAUGGACGUGGACAUGGACGUGGACGUGGACAUGGACGUGGACGUGGACAUGGACGUGGACAUGGACAUGGACGUGGACGUGGACGUGGACGUGGACGUGGACGUGGACAUGGACGUGGACAUGGACGUGGACUUGGACGUGGACGUGGACUUGGACGUGGACGAGACGUGGACACGUGGACGUGGACGUGGACGUGGACCUGGACAUGGACGUGGACGUGGACGUGGACGUGGAUACGUGGACGUGGACAUGGACGUGGACUUGGACGUGGACGUGGACAUGGACGUGGACAUGGACGUGGACGUGGACAUGGACGUGGACAUGGACGUGGACAUGGACGUGGACGUGGACGUGGACGUGGACAUGGACAUGGACGUGGACAUGGACGUGGACGUGGACGUGGACGUGGACGUGGACAUGGACGUGGACAUGGACGUGGACGUGGACGUGGACGUGGACGUGGACAUGGACGUGGACAUGGACGUGGACAUGGACGUGGACUUGGACGUGGACGUGGACUUGGACGUGGACGAGACGUGGACGUGGACGUGGACGUGGACAUGGACGUGGACGUGGACCUGGACGUGGACGUGGACGUGGACAUGGACGUGGACGUAG